AGAAAUGGAGAAUCAUCAUAACGAAUAUAGAGGUCAUGUUGUGGUGCUUCCAUAUCCAAGCCAAGGCCACAUCAACCCUCUCCUUCAGUUUGCAAAACGCCUGGCCUCUAAAGGCGUCAAGGCAACAUUGGCCACAACCAGUUACACUGUCAACUCCAUUUGUGUCCCGAACGUGGGGAUCGAGCCCAUCUCCGAUGGGUUCGACCAGGCCGGCUUUGCUCAAGCCACAGAUGAGGACACUUUCCUUCAAUCAUUCAAAACCAAUGGCUCAAGAACCCUAUCUCAAGUCUUGGAUAAAUACCAAAACUCCGACUUUCCAGUCAAUUGUGUAGUUUAUGAUUCUUUUUUACCAUGGGCUCUUGAUGUGGCCAAGAAGCGUCGCAUAUAUGGAGCUUCAUUCUUUACCAAUUCGGCCACGGUGUGCAGCAUUUUUUGCCGCAUUCAUCAUGGCUUGCUUUCUCUUCCAUGUAAGCUGGAAGAUAUGCCCUUGUUCGUUCCUGGCCUGCCUCCACUCAACUUUCCUGACCUGCCUACUUUUCUUAAGAAGCCAGAUAGCUACCCAGCUUACUUGAAGAUGAAACUGAACCAGUUUCCUGACUUGGACAGGGCUGAUUGGGUCUUUGUAAACACAUUCGAGGCACUAGAAGGCCAGGCUGCAAACGGAUUAUCAAAGCUGUUCUCUGGGAAGUUGAUUGGCCCCAUGGUCCCUUCAGCUUAUUUGGAUGGGCAGAUUACGGGAGAUAGAGGAUAUGGAGCAAGCCUAUGGAAGCCUCUUGGCGAAGAAUGCACCAAAUGGUUAGAAGCAAAGCCACCCAAAUCGGUUGUUUAUGUCUCCUUUGGAAGUAUGGUGUCUUUGACAGAAAAGCAGAUGGAAGAGUUAGCAAUGGGGUUGAAAGAAAGUGGGGUGCAUUUCUUGUGGGUGGUGAGAGAAUCUGAACGCAGCAAAUUGCCCAAAGAAAUCUCUGACUCAGCAAAGGAAAAGGGUCUGUUUGUGACAUGGUGCAACCAGCUAGAAGCACUUGCACACGAAGCUAUUGGGUGCUUUGUGACUCAUUGUGGCUGGAACUCAAUACUUGAAGGGCUUAGCCUCGGAGUGCCUAUGGUGGCAGUGCCGCAGUGGACCGACCAGCUCACUAAUGCUAAGUUCGUGGAGGAGAUAUGGGAGGUUGGGGUCAGAGCCAAAGAAGAUGAGCAGGGUGUUGUGAGGAAAGAAGAGUUUGUUGGGUGUUUGAAGAAAGUAAUGGAGGGAGAGAGAAGCCAAGAGAUUAGGAAGAAUUCAAGUAUGUGGAGGGAGUUGGCUAAGAAAGAAUUUAGUGAAGGGGGGAGCUCUGACAAGAAUAUUACUGGAUUUGUUGAGCAUUUGAGGCUUGCUAACAAGAAAGGAGAGGCAAAGCAAUUCUUGAAUGCCACAGAUUAAACUUUAUUAUGACUGGUAUGUGUGAGAAAGUCAAGCAUAAAGUGGUUGAUUGUGUUCGUU